CACUUCAACCGGGCAUUGCAUUGCACGUGUUUUAAAGUUUCGCAUUGUUAAUAAGUCAGCUUAGAUAUUGUGCUUUAAAACAAAGUGUUAAUGCAAGCCAAGACGUAGUUAUGGACGUGAAUAUUAACAAGCUGCGUCGUGGUGUACAAAAGCUCUUGCAGCUAACCGCCAGUGAGCCCCAGGACGAUGUGUUUAUAUUAAAUUUGCAGAAGUUUCUCAAGAAGAAACUCUACGUGGAGAAAGAUGUGGACCGAUUGCUUAACAGUCUAAGCCAGCAACUUACGCUGCCUGGGUACACCCUGCCCCUAGCCUUGAGCUUUGAGGAGCACCUGCUGCUCCUGCUGACCAAUUCGCUGCGCUGUGAUGCAGCCACUCAGGCCCAACAAUACAAAUUGGAAUGCAUUGCUUUGUCCAGGUUGUUGCAGAUUUCAGUUGUCGCAAAAAGAUUUGCUAAGAGCUACUUUCGUAAUAAACCAGCGCCAUUCGAGGAGACUCAGAGCAAUGAAAGCAUGCAGAUACCCAGUAAAAAGACCAAAAAGACAAUUACAAAUGGUUCGAAGGAAUCGAAAGAUCAGGAAUUGGAUUUGGAGAUCGUGAAGUGCUGCUACCACCUGUUGAAAAGUGACGCAGUCUACUAUCGGGAGCUCUGGGACUGGUCACAGUUUCUGGCAAACUAUACGCACAAACAACUUGAAUGUCGGUUGUCGCAGCUGUACUGCAAUCACAUCUUGGCCCUGCUGACAGAUAUGACCACAACACAGUUGCAUGCGCUGAACUCGUCUGUACCCGUCCAAGUGCGGCUGCGGUUCGAGGAACAGGAGACGCUGCCGACAUACACCAAAUGUACCUAUUUACCAGAUCUGCCGGAGCAGCAGCUCACACUGAAGCUGUCGCAGGCCAACCAAACCGUAACCAAUAUCGAAGGUGUGCUCCUGCCCAUCUUCAACCAGGACAAUCAGGAAUUCUAUAGAGAAAACGAUGGGUGUUACGAUCGCAUUGUCAUAGUGGACUCGACCAGUGUAAAUCUGCGUAGCAUAGCACUGGGCGUGGCUGCUGCAAAACCCAUUUGCCUCUCCGGUCCCGUUGGUUGCGGCAAAACAACUUUAAUAGAGUAUCUGGCGCGCAAGACUGGACGCAUUUGCCCCAAGCCAAAGGAGAUUAAAACACGUGAACAAGCUCUGCGGCAAACGCAAGAAGAGGAUGAAUUACUCAAACCGAAAAAGAAACCAAAACCGCUGAAGAAUGCGGGGGAGAAGCGCAAAAUUGCCGAGGUUCCACUGGAGGAGCUUAUGGUGCUGGAAGAUGGAGAUGGGCUGGCGCAGAGGAAUGGUUUCUUGCGCAUACAGCUGGGUGAUCAGACCGACAGUAAAAUGCUAUUGGGUCAAUAUCGUUGCACAGAUGUGCCCGGCGAGUUUGUUUGGUUGCCCGGCGUGCUGACACAGGCUGUCAUGCAUGGCUACUGGCUGCUAUUGGAGGAUCUAGACGCUACUACGCAGGAUACCUAUACAAUAUUGAGCAGCCUCUUGGAGCGCAACUAUCUGAGCGUGCCUGGCUUUAGGGAUUGCGUCAAGAUUGAGCCUGGCUUUCAGCUGUUUGUUACUGUGCGCACCAACAAGUCGUCUAGCAACUCUAGCCAGAAAUCUUUGUACUCUCUGCUGGAGAAAUAUCUAUAUACCAUCAACAUAUUGCCGCUGUCCCGCAACGAACUAUGCAAGGUCGUGAGCACAAAUUAUGACAAAUUGGCGACCGUUGCCAAUCGUAUUGUCGAUGUCUUCUUAACCUUCUCCAGUGGCAAUCACACGGCUGCCGAUAAUUUGCGCCAACAGGAGAGCAGCGACAAGGCAGAUACCAAGGAGAAUUAUGUAGCGCUGCCCUUCGAACAGGUGACACUCUCCAGCAUGCCCAAUUCGGGUCGUCUGGUAUCCACACGGGAUCUAAUCAAGCUGUGCCAACGCGCAAAUGCUCAGUUCUCGGUGACCAGCGCCGAGUGCGCGUACUUUGUCUUCCAAAAUGCCGUCGAUGUUUUCUGUUCGUAUCUGCCGCAGAGCAAGGAGAAGACAACGUUGAUUACGAACAUUGGCGCAAAGUUGGGCAUCAUCAGAUCCCGCUGUGAACAUUUUGCCAAUGAAUACAAACCCGAUGUGGAGUUUGGCAAAGAAAGCCUUAAGAUUGGGCGCGCAACGCUGCCGACUAUAAAAGCAGAGGAGGAGCCAAACACUGAAAGCCAAAGCGGAUCGAAGAGACAAAAACUAACAAUGCAAUCCACAAAGACAAUCUUUAAGCAACCACCGAAGCGUGCCACCUUCUCGUUUACGCGCCUGGCCAGCUGCAUAAUGGAACGUAUUGCGGUCUGUGUCAGUCAUUCGGAGCCGGUGCUGCUGGUGGGCGAAACGGGUGUGGGCAAAACGUCGUCGGUGCAGUUUCUCGCAGAGCGCACAGACCAUAAACUGGUGGCCAUCAAUAUGAAUAAUCAAUCAGAUGUCUCGGAUCUAGUGGGCGGCUUUAAGCCCGUCGAGCUGAACUAUGUACUCGCUCCGCUGCGCUAUGAGUUUGAGCAUCUGUUUCGGCACACCUUCAAUUCCGAUAAGAAUCUGCAGUUUCUGCGCAUCUUCGCCACCCACUUUAACAAUGGACGCCACAGCGUCAUCAUACGCACCAUCUUGAGUGUGACGAAUAGCUUGUUUAGCAAGCCGGAGCACAGGUCAAAUCCUUUGCUGCCACGCUGGCAAACGCUGCACGAGAAGCUGCAGCGUCUGCAAAUGCAGCUGGACAAGAGCAUAAAUAUAUCGUUUGCCUUCAUACCCGGCUCGCUGGUCAAUAGCAUCAGCAAUGGAGAUUGGGUGCUGCUGGAUGAAAUAAAUUUGGCCUCGGCUGAGACACUGGAGUGUCUGUCCACCAUAUUGGAGCCGGAGGGUUCGGUGGUGCUGCUGGAACGUGGCGAUUUUAUGCCCGUGAAGCGACAUCCCGAUUUUCGCAUAUUUGCAUGCAUGAAUCCCAAUACGGAUAUUGGCAAGAAGGAUUUGCCCGUGGGCAUACGCAAUCGCUUCACCGAAUUCUUUGUCGAUGAACUGACCACUGAUGCGGACUUGGGUUUGCUGGUUGGUGAUUACCUGGCCAAUACAGGCAUACAGCGCAAAUCGGUGCACAGCAUUGUGAAACUAUACAAAUCUCUGCGCCGUCUCUCCGAGCUGCAGCUUAAUGAUGGCCUCGGCAACCGGCCCGUCUACUCGCUGCGCACACUCUGCCGCAGUCUGCGCAUAUGCGCCCGGAAUUUGUGCGGCUCGAUUGAGCGUAAUCUGUACGAAAGCUUCUGUUUGAGCUUUCUCACACAAUUGGAUCCGGAAUCGCAUCAGCUGGUGCUGCUGCUCAUACGCGAUGCACUGCUGCAAAAUCCCAAGGCUGUGCUAAAUAUGUCGCUGCCUCAGCUGGGCGAGCAUUAUCUGCAAUUCGAGGGCUAUUGGAUACAGCGCGGCAGUCUGGAGCCGCAGUCCUGCGAGCAUUACAUAUUAACUGACAGCGUUAAGAAGAAUCUGCAGGAUCUGGCCCGCAUCAUAUCCAUUGGCAAGCUGCCCAUUUUGCUGCAGGGACCCACCAGCGCGGGCAAGACGAGUCUUAUUGACUAUGUCGCCCGGCGCAGCGGCAAUCGCUGUCUGCGCAUCAACAAUCACGAGCACACGGAUCUGCAGGAAUACAUUGGCACCUAUGCGGCCGAUCUUAGCGGCAAGCUGAGCUUCCGCGAGGGCGUCCUGGUGCAGGCCAUGCGUCAUGGUUAUUGGAUAAUUUUGGAUGAACUGAACCUGGCCUCUACGGACAUUCUGGAGGCGCUUAAUCGUGUGCUGGACGACAAUCGUGAGCUGUAUAUAGCCGAGACGCAGACGCUGGUCAAAGCGCAUCCAAAUUUCAUGCUCUUUGCCACACAGAAUCCGCCGGGUCUUUAUGGCGGACGAAAGACGCUGUCGCGCGCCUUUAAGAAUCGAUUCAUUGAGCUGCACUUUGCGGAUAUUCCACGAGCGGAGCUAGAGAUUAUCUUGGAGCAACGCUGCCUUAUACCCGCCUCCUAUGCGCGUAAGAUGGUCCAGUGCAUGACGCAGUUGCAGCAGCAUCGCAGGAAUACUUCAAAGCAGGUGUUUACGCUGCGCGAUCUCUUCCGCUGGGGAAAUCGGUAUACGCUGGCGGACAAGGCACUGCAGCAGGAUACUAAAUACGAUUGGAAUCAACACCUGAUUGAGGAGGGUUACCUGGUGCUCUCCGCCAAGGUGCGCACCGGCGAGGAGCUGCAGCUAAUCGAGCAAACCUUGUAUGGCAACUUCAAGAAACGCAUCGAUCUGGAGCUGCUUUUCGAUAUUAACACCCAACGCGAGUCCUCCGCCGUCAGCCGGAGCAUACUGGAUGCCAUACGCAACUUUAAGCAGCGCGGUGAUAUUGUCUGGACCCGAAACAUGACACGCAUGGCGGUGCUCACGGCCAAGGCUCUGCAGUUCGACGAGCCUGUGCUGCUGGUGGGUCCCACAGGCUGUGGCAAGACCACAGUCUGUCAGCUGCUGGCGAGCAUUGCUCAGGUGCGUCUACGCAUUCUCAAUUGUCAUAUGCACACGGAAGGUGCCGACUUCUUAGGCGGUUUACGACCCUGUCGCGGCCAGCACAAUGCGCAACACUCACAAAAACUAUUCGAAUGGGCGGACGGACCGCUCAUCUAUGCCAUGCAGGAGGGCUCAUAUUUUAUGGCCGAUGAAAUAUCCCUAGCAGAGGAUUCGGUGCUGGAGCGACUGAAUUGCAUACUGGAGCCGGAACGCAGCGUGCUGCUGACCGAAAAAGGUGGCGUGUUGGAGGAGCAAGUGGCAGCUGAUGAGAACAAGCCCGAUUCCAGCGACGAAUUUGUUGUGCAAGCCAAGUCGGGCUUUCAGUUUCUGGCCACCAUGAAUCCAGGUGGAGAUUUCGGCAAGAAGGAACUAUCCCCGGCUUUGCGCAAUCGCUUCACAGAGAUAUGGUGUUUGCCCUCGGACAAUAAACCGGAUCUCAUAGAGAUUGCACACAACUGCAUGCAGCGCGGCGCCAGCAGCUUAAAGGACACACAUAAAAUAGCCAAAUAUCUGGUGGAGAUUGUGCUCUUCAUACGCGACUCCAAUGAGAAGUUCAAGUUCUCCGUGCGCGACAUACUCGCCUGGGCCAACUAUAUGGUCAGCAAUUCGCACUUGACCUUCGCGGAGCAGGCCAUUUUUGGCUUGGAGACCAUUUUUCUCGAUGCACUGGAAAUGCUGCCGCAAGAAUCGCAGACACAGAUCGAGACGCUCAAGGCCAGGAUCAUAGAGUAUGCCAUCCAGCAAGCAGCUAGCAUUCUCGGCGAGCUCUUUGAUCUCUCAGAGUUGGCCCAGAAGCGUGGCCAACAGGUGCAGCUGGAUGAGCAGCGCUUUGGCAUACGUCCGUUUUUCAUAGCGGUUAAUCCGGAGCGCUUAAUGCCUCCCAAUGCGGAUUUCCUGUUUGAUGCGCCCACCACCAAGCAGAAUUUGUUUCGAUUGCUCUCAGCCUUGUCGCUACAGAAGCCAGUGCUGCUGGAGGGACCACCUGGCGUGGGCAAGACCUCCAUUGUGGAGAGCAUAGCGCAUGCUAUUGGCUAUCACAUAGUGCGCAUUAAUCUGUGCGAGCACACGGAUCUGGCUGAUCUCUUUGGCACCGAUCUGCCCGCCGAGGACAAUAUUCUCGACCGUGUCGAGGCUCAGAGCCAACUGGGCAGCUUUGUGUGGCGCGAUGGCCCUCUGUUGGCCGCGCUCAAGGCGCCAAACACUUGGAUAUUGCUGGAUGAACUGAACCUGGCGCCGCAAUCUGUGCUGGAGGGUCUCAAUGCGGUGCUGGACCAUCGUGGCGAGGUCUACAUACCGGAGCUGAACAAGAGCUUCCAGCUGACGAACACCACUCGCAUCUUUGCUUGCCAGAAUCCAUUGAAGCAGGGCGGCGGACGCAAAGGCUUGCCGCAAUCCUUCCUUAAUAGAUUCAACAAGGUCUACUUGCGCAAGCUGAGCACCGAGGAUCUGCUGCAUGUAGUAAAUGUCAAGUAUGCCGCCUACUUUGAGCAUCUAAAGCAAUACUUUGCUGAGCUGCUGCAGGCGGCACAGCUGCCCAAGGGCAAUCUGUUUGAGCUGCACAGUGGAUCGGCCGCCGCCGCUGACGAAAUCGAGUUUGAUUUGGCCGCCCGCCUAGUGCGCUUUUCGGAGCUACUCGAUCGCGGUGUGGCCAGGAUGGAGUUUGGCUACAAGGGCGGGCCCUACGAGUUUAAUUUGCGCGAUAUCUUGCGCUGGUGUGAUCUGCUGCACAAUCCGGAAACGGGCUACCUGAUGCUGAGGCCAGCUACUAGUUUCCAGGUGGCCUUCCAGGGCUUUCUGCUCACGCUCUACGAGCGCAUGCAGUUGGUCUACUAUCAGCGCAUGCGGUGCGACCAGGACAAGCUCUACAUACGCGAUGCCUUCGGCAGCAUUUUCAACUGCAAUGCGGAGCAGCUGAAUGUCAUUGCCGAGGAUGUGGCGCUCUACUGGACCACUGAGAAGGUCUAUCUCAACGAUGUGGUGCUCCAGCGCUCGCAAUUGCCGCUGGGCGCUCCGGCUCAAAGCCAGGAGCAGGCGCCGCUGCUGCUGGGCACCCAGCGACAGCUGCUCAAGCAAAUUGUGGAAACGGUGCACAUGGAGAAGCCGCUGCUGCUGUGCGGCGCCACAGACAGUGGCAAAACCAAGCUAAUCGAUGCGCUCUGCGUGCUCUCGAAUCGCGUUUGUAACUCGGACAACAUUGAUGAUUCCGUUACGGGCAGUUUUCAACAGGUCGAUCUCAAUCGUCAUCUGGAGGACAUAUACAAAGAUGUGCAGGUGUUGAUAUUUAACGUGUCUCAAAGGGCUUUCCUUCAGCAGAAGGAACACACUUUUGUCCAACAACUAUGGGCCGUGUGGAGCAAGUACAAUCAGCUGGUUAAAGUGAGCACAGCAACAACACAGCACAGCGUUGCCGAGGAGCUGCAGCAGUUUGAGCAGCGCGUGGCUGCUUUGGAACAGAUCAUUGCCAAGCUGGCGCAGACGCCACAGAAAUGUCGCGUUUCGCUCUUCGAGCAGCUGCCGCAGUACAAAUCGCAGCUAACGCUGCUUCAGGCCUACAUCAAAUCGGCUGAUUCACUCAACACGGGCGGCUCCUUCGAGUGGGUGGAUUCGCGUAUUGUUACAUCGUUAAAGUGCGGCCAAUACAUAUUGCUGGAGCACGUGAAUCUGUGUUCAUCGGCUGUGCUGGAUCGUCUGAAUCCCGUGUUCGAGCCCAAUGGUAGCCUGUUGAUUGCGGAGAAAGGCAUCAGCGGCCAGGAUAGCGCUGAGGUGGUACGCAAAGCGCCUAAUUUUCGCGCCUUUCUCACCGUGGAUCCCAAGAACGGCGAGCUCUCGCGCGCCAUGCGCAAUCGCUGCGUAGAGCUGUCGCUAUGCCCGUCCAAGGAUGCCUAUAGCAUGGACGAUAUGCGCGCCAUUGUCCAUGGCCAGGGCGUGCAUCAGCUGGCCGCCAUUGACUGCAUGCUGGCCAUACAUCGCGGCAUCGUUCAGCUGACCGAAUUUAACCCAUAUACUAUAUCGCAUCUGACACAGUUUGCGUUCCUGAGCGCCGCCUACAAACGCAUUGGCUACGAGCUGCGCCGUGCCAUUUAUGUGGCCGCCAUGGAGGUGUAUGUGUAUGCGGCCAGCAUGGAUUUGAUGGGCUACGGUCUGUCUUACUAUCAGAACAAGCUGCGCGAAGUGGUGCUGGCUCAGACAGACACCUUCGAGGAGGAUGCAGUGCAGCAGUUGGAUUAUCUCAGCGAUAUUAUAUUGCACACAAAUGAAUUGGAUGAACUGGCGCUUAUAAAACUGCAAGCGGCCGCCUUGAAGCUGCUGCUGCAGGCGCCCAAUGAGCAGCAGGAGGUGCCCAAGGCACACCUCGUGUCGCUAUUUCAGGCCAUGGAUGCGGUUGACCUGAGUCAGCUGAAGCUGCAAAAACUGAGAUGCUUUUUUGUACACAUGCUGUACGAGGUGUGCGCCUUCGAUGACCUACAAAUGCGGCAUCUUUAUAUGCAGCAGUGCCUCCGGGAUCAACCCGAAUUGCUGGAGCUCUCAGCUUGCUUACAUGCCUGCUUGCUGCAGCAGGGCAAGCAAUUCCGAAGCAGUCUUACCGAAUUGCCCUGGCAUAGGAAACUCUUUCCACGCCUGCGUGACUAUGCCACACAGCUGGAGCCAAACGAUGCCGGGCCAGAAGCCGCCUUGGCACUGAGUGCUGCCUUGUUGGCCCAGCUGCUGCUGGUCAAGAUACCCAAGCGAGCUGUUACCCAACUGAAGCACCUGGAUGCGCUGCAAUACUCACAGGCCCUGCUGGAGCAGAAGAUAACGGACAAGUAUAGCAAUGAUUUUCUCUCACAUCUCUCUGGCUUUCUGUCCAGCCUACAGCUGGCGUUGCAGCAGAAUCUGGGCCUUGCUAGGUUCGAGCUGCCACAAUACGCUCAGUUUCUGACCAAACUGAGCUGGUUUAAUCGUUUGCUGGACACGGCACAGCAGCAAUUGCUGCAAAAUAACGAGCUGCAUGCUCCGUUGAUGCACAAACUCGUGCUGCACUUCAAGUGGGUGGAGAAGCAUCUAAUCUCUGCCUUAGUGGAGGCAUGGCCUGACCUCCUCGAUGUCCAUGAUGAACUGCGCGGGAGCCUGGCGCAGUUAAGCUCCUAUGUGCAGCAGACCAAGCGACCCAUAAACGUCUCCUGCAAGAUGUAUGCCAAGCAAUUUACACAAUUUCAGCCUUAUUAUCUGGAGCAGCAGAUAACCCUGCAUGAGAAAGCGGCGCAGUUGCAGCAGCUGCUGAAUGUGGUGCCACAAUAUGGCAACAUGGAUAGCAAAUUGUGGCUGCACAAAUGGCUGGCCCUGCAAUCGGAUGAGGCGCACAAAUGGCGCGCCUUUUUGCGUACACACACGCCCAACUGCAGUCUGAAGCAGUUCGAGCUGCCAGUUGCUGCGAGAGUCAAUGGAGAUUUGCAGGCGGUCUUGCUGCGUCUGCAGACGCUGCUUAAGGAUCAGCUGCAGCAGGGGGAGGUCGCAGCAGCGCUGGAACUGGAUCUGGCGCAGGUUAGAGAGCAGCUAGCAGCUGGCCAGGAAGAGGCAGACGAUGAGCAUGUAAUUGAUUUAAAUGCGCCUCAGCUCAAGACAUAUCAGUUGCUGUUGCCCGCGCUGCGUGACUACUUCAUGGAGCGUGCGCUAAGCAGGACUCUGCAUAGAGAUUACAAUGAGCAAGUGAAUCAGCUCUACAGCGAGCAGCUACUCACGCUGAACGGACAUCUCUGGCAGUGCCUAAACACGCUGGAUAGUGCCACGCACGGCAACAUAAUGCUAGCCUGGCAUGAGCUGUCCUUGGAGCUGGAGAAGCUGCACAACCCCGCAGAGCUUGAGGCGCUGCUGCAGCAAUUGGGUGGCAGCUACAAGGCGCUGCGCAGCUAUCAGCGCCAAUAUCGCCAGGCGCUGCAGUGCUAUCAGCUGGAGAAUCUGGCCACGCGCUUCGACUGUGCCCAGCUGCCAGGCGAGCCGGAGCUUUUGUGCCGCUAUAGCUAUCAGGGUGCACCAUUAACCAAUGCACUACUGGCGCUGCUCUGCCAGCCCAAUGGACAACUCCUGGCGGUGCCUCUCAGUGAGCUGCAGCCUUGGCGUCAGGCGCUGCAGCAGACGCGUCAAUUGCUCUGGCAAAAUGCGCAGCUGCUGACUCGCCGUCACAGUCCAGAGCACAACAAUCUGCAGCUGGUGGCAGCGAGCGCCAGACAGCUGCUCAGGGAAUUGGAAUAUUUGCAGCAUGUACAGCAGCAGUUACCCCAAACGGAUGCAGGCUUUGACAAAUGCAAGCAGGAACUGCAGGAGGUGCUGCAGCAGUUGUUGCUGCCGGAACAGCAGCCAUAUUUGGACAGCUGCUUUAAUACGGCGCUGGGAAACACGCUUAUCGGCGUUCUGGAGCUGUGCGUGCUGACACAUACGCCUCUGAUCGAUCCCGUGGAGAAGAAUCGCCUCAAGAACCUCUAUGUGGCCGAGGAUAUUGAGUGUCUGCAGCAUCUGAGCGCUGUCUACAAUUUCAUGCGGAUCAUCAUGAGCUAUAAGCACUUUGGCCAGCAAAUCUAUGACCAGCUGCAGCACCGUCUGCACGCGGCGCUGCAGCAACAGCAACAUCUUAAUCAGAAGCUGGCGCUGCGGCCGGCGCAGUGUCUGUACGCCGGCCUGGUACAGGAUUUGGUGCACUUCUUAAAGUCCAAUGGCGACUGCCUGGCGCUGCACAAGCUGAUUGUAAAUAUUCGGGAGAGUUGGGCGCACUUUGCGGGCGCCCAGGCGGCCAGUGAGACGCAGCUGCGCCUCGGCGCGGAGCUGCUCAACAAGCUGGAGCUGUGGCUGGCCAAUGCCCAGCGCUUCGUGCAUCAUACGCUGGCGCGUUAUGCGGCCUACUACCAAGAUUUUGUGCAGCCCAUCAAGUGUGCCGUGAAUCAGAUGCGCUUCGGCCUGGAGCAGCUGAAGCAGCUCUUUAGCCGGCUGCUGCUGGCGGGCAGCGCCAAGGAGGCGCUCAAGCUGGAGCGGACCAUCGCACAGAUGGUGCAGUUCCCAGCACAGCGGCCGCUGGCUAUCAGAAAUAGCCAUGUCUACGGACUGCUGGCCAAGCUGCCGCACAGCGAACACGAAUACUUCCGCUUGCUCAAGGCGAAGCUGAGCGAGCUGCGCAACUUUAUCGGCAUCGCGUCGAGCAUUGAUGAGACCAUUUUCGCGGCCUACGAUGAUGCGUUGAACAUUUGCAAUCGGACCUGGCAGCAGGAGGAACAGCGUCGCAAGGAGCAGCGCGCCGAGGAGGAGAGUCUGUACAAGACGAAAACCUUGGGCGGCAUCGAGGAUGAGGAGCUUGUCGAACUGCAAGAGAUUGAGCAGAACUUUCCCACACAUCUGGACGAGGACUUUGCCGAGUUUGUGGACAAGCCAACGCUGGAGCAGGUGCUCAAGCUGGACAAGAAGGCGCACACCAAGGCCAAGUUGGCGCAAAUUGUCAACGAACAGGAUUACGUAUUCCUCGCACGCAAUUUCAUAGACGUAAUGAGCACACACACAACUGUCAACUACAAGGAGCAGCCGGAGCAGCGGACGCCGCAACAGCACCAACUGCAGCUAAUCCAGCCGUACCAAACGCGCCUGCAGGUAUUUGUGCAGCUGCAUGGGCACUACAAGACGGCGCUGGGCGUCACGCUGGACGAGAGCGUGUACAAUGCCUUAAGCUUUGCCCUCGCGCUGCAGCAGCGACAGCUCAAGGAUCUGGAACUGGAGCAGCUGCAGUCGAGCAGCAGCCAAGGCUAUGACUACUACAAGGACUCCAAUAUAGCCGAGGUCAGUGGCUGCCUGAAGGUGCUCGAGCGCAUAGAGCAGCGGGUGCUGGCCCAGCUGGAGCUCUAUCCGGAGCAUGCUGGCCUGGCGGACAUCAAGCUGGUCAUCGCGAGGAUACGGCGGCUGCCCGCCAAUGCGAGCGUGGUGCGCUUUAACACGGGCUUCCAGCUGCUGCGCCAGAAGCUGGCCCUGUGGAACGAGGUGGCGCACAAGAAUAACAAUCUGGUCGCCGAGGAGAUCGAGGUGGCGGAGUUUGUGCAACGCUGGACCAAGCUGGAGCUGCAGCAUUGGCGCAAUUGCCUCAAUCAAACCGGUCAGCUGGUGGAGCUCCAGGCAUAUCGCUACUGGUUCUUCAUCUACAAUCUGCUCCAGACCGAGGCCGAGGCCGAGGCCGAGCAGCUGCCCGACCUAAUACGCACGCUGCGCCAGUUCGUGGAGGCCGCCUGCUUUGGUGACUUCCAUGUGCGCCUCCAGCUGCUGCAUGGCUUCGAGAUGUAUUUGCAUCAUGUGGAGCGUGCCGGUAAGCGGCAUCAGCCGCUGCUGCAGCCGCUCAUCGCAGCGCUGCACAAUCUGCAGCUGUACUUUACACAGUUUGCCCCGGAAGUGGCGGACACGAUCCGGGCACGGCGUGCACCCAUUGAGAAGAAGCUGCGCGAGUUUGUCAAGAUCCAGAGCUACAACAAGGAUCUGAGCUACUUUAGCAUGCGCAACAAUGUGGCCAGCGUGCAUCGCAAUCUGAACAAGUUUCUCAAGGAGUACCGCUUGCUGCUGGAGCAGAAGAUCAGCGAGGUGUUCCAGCCCAAAGAUGCCACCGUCAAGGACUACAGCAUGGAUAAACGGAAUAUGGCAAAUCAAUAUCUCCUGGACAGCCAACAUUUUGUGGCGCCGCAGCAGCUGCGCGCCAAGUUCCAGCUAAAGGAUCUGGCCACUGAUGAGCUACCACUGCUUCAACAGCUGGGCAAACACUUUGGCACUGCACGCAAAAUUGUGCGCCAGACGGUCGAGCAGACGUGCUACGGCACGCUGCUGGCUGAGCUUGACGACCAGGUGGAUGCGCAGCUGCAGCGUUGCGAGCAUCUGCGCAAUCUCAACGUGGAUCGCAGCAAGGAGCGACCACAACAGAAGCUACAGGCCAAGCAAAUAUUGCAGCAGAAGCGCAAAGCUUUGACCGAUCUCUUCAAGAUGCUCGCACGGCUCGGCCUCAGCUACAGAUCCGGGCUUAUGGAGCUGUCGCUGCGCACGGAAUUCGAGAACUUCCAGCUGCCGCCGUAUUGCAUCAAGGCCAUGCUGCCGCAGCUCCAUGGCAGCUGGCGGCCGCUUAACCAGCAGGUGGACAUGUACUACAUGAAGAGCGUGUUCAAGUUGAAGCUGCUGCAGAACAUCAUGCUGACGCCCCUCUCCGAGCUGGGACCGCCCAAUAUAGAGCGCAUCAAGGGGUUUGCCGUCGAUCUCUUCCUCCAAGUGCAGCAGCAGCGCGAGCAGCUGUCCAGCGCGACCAGACAGCUGCACCAGCUGCGCCAGGCACUGCAGCAGCUGCAGCAAGCCGCGGACAUUGUCCUGCCUAAGGAGGCAGCCGUAGAGCAGCUGAGUUUUGCACGCAAUGCAGAUGAGUGUGUGCAGUUAAAGCAUAAGCUCUGCCAGAUCCAGUAUGUGGUCCAGCAGUGGCAGCUGCUGCUCAACUGUGCGCCGCUUCAGCAGCUCGGCGAGCAUAGCGUGCUGCUCAAAAGCCAGUCGCUGCCUCAGAUCGAGCUGCUGCUAGACCUGUGCAGCCUAAUUCUGCGCAGCAGCCAAGCACUCCUCCUAGAGCUGGAGCGUGCUCCCACAGAGUUUUUGGACAGCAACAAACUGCUGCACUAUCAGCGCAGCUAUCAUAAGAUUGUGGACCACAUUAAACAGGCGCUGGAUCAGCUAGACGCUGGACAUGCUGAGCAUCUGCCACUGGCACAGCCGCUGCUGGCGCUGCUCGAGCAGCUGGAGCACAGCCAACCCACAGAUGCCGAUGCCACGGCGGAUCCCGUUGAGCUAAGCAAUGUAGAUGCGGAGAUUUCGAACAUAGCACAUGGCGUACUGCUGGCGCUGCAGAAGAUCUACAAGGAGCACAAAAACCAGCCAGCGCCAGCGGAUGAUGACCAGGAGGAGGCACUCAAGGAGCAGCAUCUAAAAAAGCAUUUGACUGGUCAGCUAAAUGCGGACUGGCAACUUUUGGGAAUGCCGCGCACCCUCAGCAAGCUGUCCAAUGUGCUCCUCUUGCUCAAGCACGCCCAGCCCAGCCAGGGUAAGUUGCUGUGCCUGCGCCGGGCGGUAGCCCUGGUGCCCGUGCUGCAGCAGUAUCAGUUGCUGGCGGACUACAUGCUGCUACAGCAGCUGGGCACGCACAAGGUCUCCGCCAAGAUGUUGUCUAUUAUGCUAACCGCUUUCGUGGAGAUUGGCAGCAAAGGUUUCUGUGUGCCGCCAGAUCUGAUGCAGGAUGAGGAGGGUCAGUCCAAGCAGGAUUCAAAGAACGGUGAGGGUUUCGGGCUGGAAGAUGGAACCGGCGAGAACGAUGCAUCGGAUAAAAUCGAAUCCGAGGAUCAGUUGGAUGAUGCCAAACGGCCAGAGGAUCGGAAGGAUGAGGGCGACAAAGAGGAGCCCGACUGCAAAGAAGAAAAGGGCAUCGAAAUGAGCGACGACUUCGAUGCUAAAAUGCAGGACGUGGAGAAACCAGAGAACGAGGAGGAUGACAGUGGCGAAUCUGAAAAUGAAGAUGAGCUCAACAAGGAAAUGGGCGAAACAGAGCAGGGUGCCGAAAAGCUAGAUGACCAGAUCUGGGGCGAUGAUCAGGAGAAACAGCACGAAGAAGAGGAGCAGCCCGAUUUGAAUGAAGAGGAUCAGGGCAAGGGCAGCAAGGAUGAAAAGGAUGAGCACAACGAUCUAGAUACUAAGAACGAGGCUGCCAAGGAGGAUGGCAAGGAUGAGCACGAGAAAGAUGGCCUGGAUGCGACAAAUGAGCCAAGUGGCGAGGAUAAGCGCAAGGAGCAGGCCAGGGAUAUUGAUGACAUGAAGGAACCAGAGCUCGAUGAGGAACAAACGAAUGCAAUGCACAAUGAGCUGGAAGAGCCGCCCGAGCCUGAGGAAAUGGAUUUGGGUGAUAUGAACAACGUGGACGAGGGUCAGGACAAUGAAGCCGAUGAGGCGAAUGAUGAGAAUCCCUUCGACAUAGACGCCAUGAAGGAAAACAUGCAGGCAGCCGAUGAGCCAGAGGAAGAGCAGGCCAAGGAGGAGCAGCCCAUGUCGCAUGACAGCGACUCCGACGCGGAAGAGGAGAGUACAGAACAAGAGCAAACCCAUAAGGCGCCAGGUGAAGAAUACCAGGACGCGGUGGCUGAGGAAGAGAAGGAAAAUACCGAACUGGAAACCCAAACGCGUGGUGAUUUGGAUAAGGAAGAGGAACAGCCAGAGGAAACACCCGCUGAGCCAGAAGCGCGCGAAGAGAAACCCGAACAGCACACACAAUCCAAGGACAAGUCCAGCACGGAAGAUAAUGUACAGUCUGUGCCCGACACGGAACAGAACAGCUCAGCGGAUCAGCUGCAGCAAGAGCAACAGGAUAAAAAUAUCAAGCAGGACCAGAAGAUGGAUGAGCAGGAGACAGGCGAAGAAAAAGAUGGCGUGGGACAGGCCGAAAAUGAUACGAACGACGGCGGCCAUCAGGGCAUAGCCGAGACCAAGGAAACGGUCUCCCACGAAGAGCGUAAGAAUGAAAAACAGACACAGGAAAAACGCAAACAAGGACGCACCAAUGAGGAGCGCACGCUAGGCGAAGCUGAGCAAAACAAAUUGAAGCAGCUGAAGACAAUUAAUCAAAUGAAGGAAUCCAAGCAAAAUGAAGGCGAGAAACAGGAUCAACCGGAUGAGCAUGUCGAGGCGGAAGAAUAUCAGCAUGUCAAGGAGCCAAAGAAUAGCGAUAAAACCACCCUGGACAAUGCCACAGAGGAGCAAUCCAAGCAAAUCAAACACCAAGAGGACGAAGAGCCCAAAGUGGAUGAAGAUGCCGAAAACGCAGAUGAGCUAAUGGCAGAUGAGGAAACAACUACAGCGCCCGAGGAGGAGGAUGCACAAUUGGAGCAGCUAAGCUCUGAGAGAACGGAUCAAAACUCCGACAAGCCCUCAAAAACGGAACAGGCAAAGGAACGCCUGGAAACGGCCGAGCAAAUGGAAAUCGAGGGCGAAGUGGUGCCCACAAUGACAGUGCCGCGCAGCGCUGAGACCACAGCGCACAGCAACACGGAGCUACUGCUGGACAAAAGCACACUGGCCCAGGAGCUGAGAACAGCCGAGCAAAUUGAGUUACGGCAAAUGUAUCAGCAACAAUUGACCAGCGCAAAUGCCAUCCUGUCACAGCAUGAGGAUUAUGAGACCUGGUCCAGCAUAUCGAAUCGCAUGACACAAAAUGCACGCGAACUGUGCGAACAGUUGCGUCUCAUCUUGGAACCCACAAAGUGCUCACGGCUUAAGGGUGACUAUCGCACGGGUCGCCGCAUCAAUAUGAAGAAGAUUAUUCCGUAUAUAGCAUCACAAUUCCGCAAGGACAAGAUCUGGCUACGUCGCACAAAGCCGGCACAGCGUGAUUAUAAAAUAACCAUAGCCAUCGACGAUUCCAAGUCGAUGCAUCAUAACAAUUCCAAGACGCUGACACUGGAGGCCAUCUCCUUGGUGUCGCAGGCGUUAACGCUGCUGGAAAGUGGUCGCCUGAGCAUUGUUUCCUUCGGCGAAGCGCCGAAAAUUAUCCUCAAUCAUACGGAACAGUUUGACGGACCGCGUUUGGUUAGCGCACUUAAUUUUGCCCAGGAUAAAACCAAAAUUGCGGGCCUGCUGGACUUUAUACGCACCGUGAACAACGAGGAGAGCGGUCUGGGCGGUGACAAUGGCCUGUUUGAGAAUCUGCUGCUUAUAUUGAGCGAUGGACGGAAUAUAUUCAGUGAGGGAAAUCAGAAAGUCAAGAAUGCCAUCAAGCUGGCACGACUGCAGCGUAUAUUUCUUGUAUACAUUAUCAUCGAUAAUCCCGAAAACAAGAAUUCGAUACUGGACAUACAACACGUGGAGGUGAAUGCUGAUGGUUCGGUCAAAAUCAAUUCAUAUUUGGAUAGUUUUCCUUUUCCAUAUUAUGUGAUAGUACGCGACCUAAAUCAGUUGCCUCUGGUGCUCAGCGAAGCCAUGAGACAGUGGUUCGAAUUAGUCAAUAGUGAAUAGUUGUUUAAUUUGUAUAUAGUAGAUGUAUCGGACGAACCUA